UGCGGUCAGUGUUUGAGUUUUUUUUCUUCUUCUUCUUUAUUAAAUGUGGAGGGGCAGACGGAGAUUUUGCGGCAGUGGGCCUCUUGGUUCUGUUCUGUCCUGCCCUCCCCUGCACUCUGAGGCAGUGUUUUGGACCGGGGCCCAGGACCGAGCCUAAGGCGCACUACUCCGCUCCAGCCUCUCCAGAGCGCCGACUCACACUGACAUUACAUCAGCUAGGGAGACAUAGUAGACCAGUGUGUGGAUGCUCCUUGCAGCUUGUUGCUUCAAAGCCAAACAAAGCGGUCCGUGGAUUGACUUGUUCCUGAAGACAUCAUGAGAUCCUGUUGCUAGAGGGGUAGACGCAGUCCGGCCAAGAGAGGAGACUACAGGGGGGCAGGCAUGGCCGUGCGCAUCAUACGUGGACUGGAAGACCUGGUGGCGUCGGGGAGCCAGCUCGUCUGGAGCCUGGCGCACGAGACGCUGAGGACAUGGUACAGUCGUGGGCUGAUCCCAUGCAGGCACCUCUUGGAGUCCUGGUUCAGGAUAGGAAAAUGCUACCAGAUGACCGAAGGUCGUGUGUGUCAGAUUCACCUCCUCGACGGCAGGAAGCUGGAGCUGCUGGUUCAGCCGAAGCUGUUGUCUCGGGAGCUGCUGGACCUGGUGGCGUCUCACUUCAACCUGAAGGAGAAGGAAUACUUCGGCUUGUGCUUCGUAGACGACAAUGGCCACAGUAACUGGCUCCAGCUGGAUCGUAAAGUGCUUGAUCAUGCCUUCUCCAAGACAUCGGGGCCACUGGAAAUCAAGUUUCUUGUGAGGUUUUAUGUUGAGAAGAUCACCUUGCUGAAAGAGAAUACGACCGUGGAACUUUUCUUCUUAAACGCUAAAUCUUUAGUGUGUAAUGAAACCAUUGAAGUGGAGAGCGAACAUGUUUUCAAGUUAGCCGCUUUCGCAUUGCAGGAGGCCAAAGGAGAUUAUUCCAGUGCUGAGACUACAGCAUCGGACCUGAAGCAGCUACCAGUUCUCCCCACCAGAGUACUGAGGGAGCAUCCAUCGCUUAACUACUGUGAGGAGAGAGUGACUGAACAUUACAAGAAACUCAAGGGAGUGACCAGAGGACAAGCCAUCGUAAAAUAUCUGGCCCUGGUGGAAUCUCUGCCCACAUACGGAGUUCAUUAUUACUCUGUGAAGGAUAAACAAGGAAUACCAUGGUGGCUGGGAGUCAGCUAUAAAGGCAUUGGCCAGUACGAUUUGCAGGAUAAGCUGAAACCAAGAAAGUUGUUUCAGUGGAAGCAGUUGGAGAAUUUGUACUUCCGGGAGAAGAAAUUCGCAGUGGAAGUGAACGACCCACACAGAAGAACAGUGACCAAACGGACUUUCGGACAAGCCGGCCUGGUUAUCCACUCCUGGUAUGCCAGCCACUCUCUGAUCAAAACCAUCUGGGCGAUGGCCAUCAGUCAGCACCAGUUCUACCUGGACAUGAAGCAAACCAAAUCCAACAUGACCACAACCAGAAGCUCGAGCGACAUCGCCGUGGACCUCACCGAGCUCAACAUCCCGCGGAUCAGCAAACUCUCCAUCGUCGAGAGCAACGACCCGCUCAUCAUGGCCAGCAACGGCAGCCUCAUCUCCACCGGUUCUGCAGACUCUGAAGUCAGCGAGGAGCAGAAGAAGGAGAAAAUUGCUGAGUUAAAAAAGAAAGAAAAGGACCUUCAAGACACACUGACACAGAAGCUUAAAGAACUAAAAGAGAUCUGCCUGAAGGAAGCUGCGAUCACAGGGAAGCUGCCUAAAGAGUAUCCCCUAGCAACGGGAGAGAAAGCCCCUGCGGUGCGUCGGCGGGUCGGGACGACUUUCAAGCUGGAUGACCUGAACCUUUAUGACCAGGACCCUCAUCUCAGCAACCUGGAGAGCAAGCGCGCCCUGCAGCAGAAGAUCGUAGAAGCAAAAGAGAAGCUGCUCAAAGAGGACGGCCUGGACAAAACGGUGAAGAGGACAAGAAGAAACGACUACCUGAAGUCCAAGGGGAUCCUGGAGGACAUCAUGAGAGAGAUUAGUAACUACAAGACAGGAGCCAAGCCUGCUCCGAGAGGCUCACUAGUCUCAGCAGAUGACGCUCAGUGUUCAGAGCUCAGCUCUCUUUCUGGCAGCCUCACACUGGAUGAUGACGAUGAACUGGGUUCCCAGAGGGAGCGGUCUCGAUCGGUUCAGUAUUCCCCAAGGCUGCACCCCGCCGUGACUCUGGACAUCUUUCACAACAAAGACAGACGAGCCUCUGCUAACGACCAGCUCUCAGCAGGAAGUUCCAGCUUCAAUUAUGACCCAGUCCAGGAAUCGCUCCAUUACAGCCACGUUGAUGCCUUUUCAAGCUGCAACAGUCCACUCAGGCGGCCCUCCAGACAGCCGUGUGAUACCCGCAGCAUGCCUCCUACGCCUCUCCUCACCCGCAACGCCUACAGCAGCACACAGCUCAGAUCGGAGGACGCCGCUCAGCAUUUCCACCAGAGAAGUGGGAGUUUGGAGUCUUUGUCUCAGCUCGUGAUGGAGACCAAACCACCCGUACCGUGCAUCACUGUCUCCGCCGCUCGCCGCUGCAACAGCACCGAGGUCAUCGACGACGGUUCGUCACACACCAGCCAAUCCAGUGUGGAGUACAACGCGCCCGGCAACCACACCCAACGGCGGCGGACGCGCGGUCGCCACAGAAAGGACCUGUACCCCAACACCGGCAGCAUGCCCAACCUCGCACAGCCGGACACCCGUUGCUACGCCUACCAGCCUCAAGGGCGACCCAACACCACGGCGUAUUAUGUCACCGGCUACCCCAACCACCUGGAGCCGGAGCCGUACACCAACAGAGUUUACAUGUACGAGGACGAGAUGGAGGGUCACUACAACGUCAACCCCUCCUACCACCACUACCACCACGCGCAGCAGGGUUACUACGGCCACGACAUCCACCCGCAGUACGGCUCGGACGUUAUGGACAGCGUUCCACACAACGUCUACGCCACGAUACGGCCGCCCAGGAACCGGCCGGCGCCCCGUGGCACCGAGCAGGUCAGCAGGAGCAUGCAGAGGGCGCUGGUGGUGGAGCACCUGAAGGGCUGGUACCAACGCAGCGCGCCGCAGAAACAGGGGACGCAUCACAGCGACUACGACAGAGGCUCACAGCACAGCCUGAGCUACCAGACCAUGCCGGCACCUUAUCCUCACAGCCACAGGAACAUGUACUACUCCUCAGUGUCAUCAGCCUCCUCCUCCGGUGGAAACUGGCACAUGAGUAAUCGCGGAAUGUCAGAUUACAACAUGCCCAUGCAUGAGUCGUUCUCCUGCUCAUACAGCGCAGCUCCCUACGGCCACCCGACCCACAGCAGCCCCCUCCCUCUCACGCACAGAUGCCUCCCAGAAACUAGGAUGCCGGGCCCUGCGGGGCCUUUAGGGAGGUUUGCCCGUGCCACUGACCGGGAAAAUUUACGCCAAUAAUUUUCAGUCUCAGCAGACUGAGGAAGGGUGAGAAAGAAAAAGAGUUACGGUGACGGUGAUGUGUGGUUUCAGUCAUGGAGCAGGGACUAAAGGAGCGCCCCAAAUCACUUCCCAACACUUCUUCUGAUUGGUUCAGCCGGGUGUUUGGUGGUGGCGGGAGAGCACCUGUGUGGCAGAGGGUGACCUCUGAACCUUGUGGCAUUUAAAUCUGCAUGUUUGUAAUGUCAGUCUGCAUCUUUUAGUGUAAUGUGUUAUGAUAUUUGACUUAUUUAAAACAGACUUUAGGAUUAACAAACCCAGAAUGAGGGAUGCACCGAGCAGAGAUACUUGUGACUGAUUUUAAUUUGAACGACUCUGACUGGCUGAUGCCAAUCCCAGUUUAUGCUUAAGGUGGAUAUAAAGUAAAAUAUGUUUUUCUUUUUUCUGAAUAAAUGAAAGUGUUAAUAAAAUUUGUAUUUACUGUUUUAUAUAAAAACAAUUCCACAGUAAUGUCCUCCAGGGUAAUCUAUGAAACUCAACUAAAAGGGACUGCAGCAGAUCUAAUUUCUCCCUUCACAAGAAAAAUGUAGCUCACCACGUAUCUUUUGUACAUCUGAAAAGGGUGUUACAUUAUACAAUACUCCAAUACUUCAGUAUGCUGCAGAUUUCUGUAAUUAAUCACAAAUGAUUUAUUUUAAGGGGUGCGCCAAUUGCAGUUUUCUGGCCAAUCGUUGAUCUUUUAAAAGCCUGUCCUGCCGAUUAUGAUAUUUUAUUCUUAAUUUUUUUGUCUGAAAAGUGACCUGGUGGGCGGGUCGGUCAUACAGUGGACACUGGCUGAUUUUCAGACAUUUGCAGAGGUAGAAAAUAUCGGUUUCUUAUGCAAGUAUCAGACGAUCAACGACAAUUGGUGCACUUCUAUUUAUUAAUAAUCAUGAAAGUUGCAUCAUAGAAAUACUCUCUUCAUAUGGACAUAACAUUCCUGUGUUGCUUGAUGUCAUAAAGGUAAAGAAGCAAAAAAAUAACCUUUACUCUGUCAGCUCCCUGAUACUGAAAAUAGCUCAGUGUUCUUCUUCCGCAACUUCCUCCCCGGAAUGUCUUUUUUUUUCUUUUCACUAACACCUGUUAGCGUUUAGGCAUGGUGUCUUCACUAAUCAGCCAAUCAGGGUCAGCCGAGGGUAAAAAAAAA